UUUAGGCAUGACAGCCUUAGAGACAUCCAAGAAUAUAUUUUUAAAAAGCAACAAGAACCAACAUUGCGGCAAACUCAGAGAAUUACUGGAACUACUCUAAAACACCGCCACCAUCACCAUAAGCGGCGUUUAUCAUGGUGUAGCGUGGUAAAAGUGUGGGGGGCCCCGACACUCACCCUACUACAGGAGCUGACGAGUGAUCCUCGGACCGUUGAGAUGUGGACAUGGGCAUGGGGAAAAGCCGGCCAUUUCUACCUCCUACAGGAGUGGACACCAAAUACUGUUCAUGUGCACGGCUUUAAUUAUGAAAAGCAGUACUGCUACUACAGCCUCGGAAACACAGAUGAGGAAUCCCAAAUCCAUGAUGCCAAUGCCUGGCGUGAGGAGCCUCCCGAGCAGGAGGAGGAGAAGCAAGACCUUGGACACCAAAUCCACCUGGCCUACAUAUUAAUAAUCUGCUUCUUAGCUGAGCACAAUCUGCCGUUCCUCGUUGCUGACCAUCUGCUUGAGUUCUGCAAAGCGAUGUUCCCAGACUCUGCCAUUGCCCAAGGAUUGCACAUGAAGAGAACCAAGUGCACAGAAGUUGCCAAGAAGGUGGGUGGCAUCAUAACUGAGGACUUGGCAAGUUAAGGAAGAAUAAAUUUUCUGUCAUCAUAGAGGAGACAACUGAUGCCUCUGUGACAAAGUGUUUCACUUUGAUUGUGAAAUUCUAUGAUUCUGACGAUGCAGUAAUAAAGACAAGAAUGUUGGACUUAAUAAAUAUUUUUGAUGAUGAAAUGACUGGCUCUACUGGCCAGUCACUGUUUAAUAUCAUAUGUAACAGCCUACACAACCACAAUAUCCCUAAAAAAAUGUAAUUGGUUUUGCAGCAGAUGGAGAGUCAAAUAUCAUGGGAGAGCAGAGUUCAUUAUGCAGUAGAUUAAAAUCAACAUUUCCAAGAAUAACAAUUUUCAAGUGUAUUUGUCAUUCUCUCCAUCUGUGUGCAUCAGAAGCUGCAAAAGAAUUACCCAGAAAUUGUGAAGAUGUUAUCAGAAACAUUUAUACUCAUUUUGAACACAGUGCCAAUAGAAAGCUCCAAAUUAAACAACUUCAGGCUUUCCUGGAUGUAAAACCGCAUAAAAUUCUUCACCCAUGCCAGACCCAUUGGUUGUCUCUCAAUAAUGCGGUGCAGAGGAUUCUGGAACGAUGGGAUGCCCUCAAGCAGUACUUUUCAAAUAUUGAAAUAAAUGAAAAGUUAAGAACUGUAGGGCUUAUUCUGAAAGAUCUCAACGACCCUUCUGUAUUUUUAUA